UUUACCUCCAUUGGCCCUAUCUGGUCACAUGGUUCUCUAACUUUAUUCAGUUGACAGCAAAUAGGAGGGCUUUAUGGUGGUGGAAAAAAGACAACUCGAGAAAACAUUGUAAUUUCUACCUUCAUAAAUUAAUGGCCAUGAGUUCGUAUAUGCUGAACUCUAAGUAUGUGGACCCACAAUUCCCCCCUUGUGAGGAAUAUUCGCAAAAUAGCUAUCUACAUGAGCAGGGAAGAGUCUACUACGGUCCUUCGCAGGACCCAGAUUUGCAGCAUCCAGGAAUCUAUCCACGGUCAAACUACCCCGAGCAGCCCUUCAGUUGUACCACUGUGCAUGGUCCUACAGUAGAGCCACGGGGUCAUGUGCAGGGGCGAGACAGCCACCCUGGCACGUUUACCGCACAGACCGAACCGUGUACCCCGGUCCAAGUGACUGGACCCCGGACUUGUGGUCAGCAACAAAACACAAAGAAUCAAAACGGGAUACAAGCCAAGCAGCCUGCAGUAGUUUACCCCUGGAUGAAGAAAGUCCACGUAACUACGGUAAACCCGGAUUACACAGGACCUGAACCCAAACGGUCUCGGACAGCUUAUACAAGACAGCAGGUUUUGGAACUGGAAAAAGAAUUUCAUUUUAACAGGUAUCUGACCAGGCGGCGUCGCAUAGAGAUUGCCCAUAUACUCGUUCUCUCCGAGCGUCAGAUCAAAAUCUGGUUUCAAAACAGAAGAAUGAAAUGGAAAAAAGACCACAAACUACCGAACACAAAGGGAAGAGCUGCUUCUACUUCCGGCCAACAGUUACCAAGUAUCCAGAAGGAUAACCAGACUGAUGUCACAACUUUCUAAGAUGGGAAAACUUUGACCGUUCAAUGAAUUGUAUAUAACAUCCUAUAUUAUACAAUUGACAUUGCAUGGUCUCAAAACAUGACAUUUCGGUCAUUGUGAUGUAACGUUCAAUAGUUAUAAAAUGUCAGUUACAAUCAGAAGAACCCUCGUUGUAUUGGCUCAUUGAAUUGAGUCCAUUUCCAACAUUGUAACUGAACUGAGAAGCGUUUCAUCACAUUUACAUUUAAGUCAUUUAGCAGACGCUCUUAUCCAGAGCGACUUUCAUGCUUAACAUGCUUCGAAGAGGUAUUGCAGAUCGAAAUACAUUUUAUUAGAGAUGUUUUCUGAUUAUACUCUUCUCGCUGAUUCUAUAAUGUCACUCUUCUUCCCACGUGCACCACAAAAGUCAGAGUAAGACAUGAACAUGUAUAUAUUUAUUUAAAAAAAAAUAAAAAUACGUAAAAUGAUGUGAAGCUUUUGUACACACUUUAAUUAGAAAUUGUGUUGUGAUGAAAUCGAACUAUUAAGACAAAUAAUAUUUGAUUCAUAUGAUUGCGAAAAAAAAGAAAAGGUAAUUGCUGCAUCAGUUGAUCUAUACAUUAUUUUCAGACAAGUGACAAUAUUUGUUACUUUAAUAUAGGCUAGCUUAAAGAAACUAUUGAACUCGUAUUUAUGGGCGCUAACAUUAAUUUUUUUUCUUUAAUUAACGUUUAAAAAAAGAAACUUUUAUACAAUAAAGCUUUUAAAAUGGCGUUAAAUUCUAUUGAGAAACAAGACAUUCCAGUGUGCAGACUCUUCCCAGGGCCCGUAUUCAGUUAUAAAUCUCUCUGGACAUCUUUGUAAACACACAUGGCAUCUGAAACUCUAUCAUUACUUUGUUUUGUUCUUUUGCAUCGAAUGUAUAUUUAUUUAGAUGCUUCACUAUUUUCUAUUUUGAUCAAAAUCGAACAGAACAUUAUUAAUAGUAUAUAUUCAAUGUUAAAGCACGUUGAGGGAUAUAAAUACGUGUAACAACCCUAUGUUUCCCCUAUUCUUAUUCAACAACAAUUUGUAAUAUAGAGUGUUUUCCUACAUUUCUUUAUGAUUAUUUAUUUAAUUAAAUAUGUGUACAUUUCCUUAUUAAAACCCACAACAGUUUGAAACAUAGUUGAGCAACGAACGUUUUAUUGUAUGCAAUCUGUUUACAACUGUUAUGGAUUAUUAGCAAUGAAUGAUCUCACAUUUUCUUAUGCAGUGUUGAAAUGCAGUAUUAAAAUGUUUACUCUGGCAUUGAUUUAAACCAAACCUAGCCACACAUGCAUUCAUGUCAUGUCUCAAGACAGAUAUUCUUAUUGUUCCUAUCAUUGUCCUCGUGACAAAAAGCGAAGACGGCUUGCAUUGCGAAGAGGUCUUCCCUCUGAAGAGUCUUCACGACGAGAAGUUGAAAAGGUAUUUCAACUGAAGUUCGACAAAAGCUCCAGAGGCAGGUUCACCCAGAGGACAGUGUUUCUAUAGCCUUAGACACAUUUCAGCCGCGAGGAGUGACCUCUGAACCCUUAACCCGUUGGACCUAUAGUCUACUUCUCUCACUGGCGCUAUUCGCAUGGAGUUUAAAUACAUUUUGUACUUUAGUAUUAGAUAUGGAACGCUUAUAUAACCUGGUUAAACAUGCCACGUUUUAAAGCCUAUAUUUAUUCUGCCAGAUGUAACUCAAAUGGUACUGGUUGCAUGUCACGCCGUGUUAAUAUGCAAUCCUGGCUGACCUUUUUUGUGUUUCCGCUUUUUUUUGGUCUGUAUAUAUAUACAUGCGAAACUUUUUAAUGGGAAAAUAGAUUGUUCCAUGAUAUGCAUUGUGGUGGCACAGAGCACUCACACUUGUCAACAUAUUUCUGUAUCAAGUAUUCCGAGGUUCAUGCUUUACAAAAAUGUCUGUCAUUGCCAUCAAUGCUUGAUUUACACAAAGGUUGACACAUCUCACAGAUUGAGAUAUUUAUUUUUACCCUUAUUGUGCUUGUUUGAGAGAAGAAGAAAAUAAUAUGGCAUUGUUGGAUGACAAUGUGACUAAGCUCAGUUUUACAGGAAGAAUCAUCAAAUGUCCCCUUAACCACACCAAUGUUAGUCAGUGCCAUAGAAUGUGGUCCUAUCCAAACCAGUCAAGGAACUGUUAGCAAAAUCGUAGGCUCAGUGUGAUUAUAUUUGUGACCAUACUUGGAUUAAAACCUGUAUAACUUGAAUGCGUGUCUGCUUCUCUCUGUGUGUGUUUCUGUGUGUGCGUUUUGUUUCUUUGUGUGUGUGCGUGUGUUUGUGUGAGUGCAUGUAUGUGUCUCCACAUUUGCGCCCGCUCCUUUAUAAGCUUCGCGUCACCCUCAUCAGGCCUUUACACUGAUACCUAUUCAUCUUCCGUUUUCCACUACAUAGAUGUCAGUGUACAAGCAAUGUGCGCAUGUCAUGUCAUAGCAAAUGAAAGAAAACUGUACCAAAUGAUGCACUAAUAAACA